AUGGCCGAGCCACAGCCAGAGGUGCAGCAGGACCAAUCGGGGAACCGUGCCCGGCCACACGCAGGAGGGCAGCAGGAGCCGCCCGGGGUAGAGCAGCGUGAGCUGCCAAGGGAAGAGCAGCAGGAGCUGCCGGCAAGGGAGCAGCAAGCAAGGGAGCAGCAAGCGGUAGAAGUGGAGAUGGCCGAGCUACAGCCAGAGGCACAGCAGGACCAAUCGGGAAACCAGACCUGGCCACAGGCAGGAGGGCAGCAGGGGCCGUCCGGGGGAGAGCAGCUGGAGCUGCCAAGGGAAGAGCGGCAGAAGCCGCCGGGGGUGGGGCAGCUGCCGGCAAGGGAGCAGCAAGCGGUGGAUGUGGAGAUGGCCGAGCUAAUGCCAGAGGUGCAGCAGGACCAAUCAGGGAGCCAAGUCCGGCUGCAGGCAGGAGAGCAGCAGGAACUGCCGGGGGAGGAGCGGCAGGAGCUGCCAACAGGAGGGCAGCUCGAGCUGUCGGGGGGAGGGCAGCAGGAGCUGUCGGAGGGGGAGCGGCGGGAGCUGCCGGCGCGGGGGCAGCUGGAGGUCGCUAGUGCGGACUCUACAAGCCAAGCGAAGAGAACCCGGGCACGGGGCCGAGGCGGGAGACAACACGCCCGUAAGACGCAAGGGCGAACUGGAAGCGGAGCUGCCACACAGCAGGCGGAGGGGCAGCCGGGGGCGACCGAGACACCCCCGGGAGCUCCGCGGGUGGGGGGGCAGCCCUGGGUGCCCGGGGCGCCCCAAGGAGAGCAGCAGCCAGGGGAGCUGCCGGGGGUGACCGGAGCACCCCAGGGAGAGCAACAGGCAGGGGGGCAGCCGAGGGUGCCCGGAGCACCCCAGGGAGUGCAGCAGGCAGGGGGGCAGCCGGGGGUGCCCGGGGCACCCCAGGGAGUGCAGCAGGCAGGAGGGCAGCCGAGGGUGCCCGGGGCACCCCAGGGAGUGCAGCAGGCAGGGGGGCAACCGGGGGUGCCCGGGGCACCCCAGGGGGUGCAGCAGGCAGAAGGGCAGCCGAGGGUGUCCGGGGCACCCCAGGGAGUGCAGCAGGCAGGAGGGCAGCCGGGGGUGCCCGGGGCACCCCAGGGAGUGCAGCAGGCAGGGGGGCAGCCGGGGGUGCCCGGGGCACCCCAGGGAGUGCAGCAGACAGGGGGGCAGCCGGGGGUGCCCGGGGCACCCCAGAGAGUGCAGCAGGCAGGAGGGCAGCCGAGGGUGCCCGGGGCACCCCAGGGAGUGCAGCAGGCAGGGGGGCAACCGGGGGUGCCCGGGGCACCCCAGGGGGUGCAGCAGGCAGGAGGGCAGCCGAGGGUGCCCGGGGCACCCAAGGGAGUGCAGCAGGCAGGGGGUCGGCCGGGGGUGCCCGGGGCACCCCAGGGGGUGCAGCAGGCAGGGGGGCAGCCGGGGGUGCCCGGGGCACCCCAGGGAGUGCAGCAGGCAGGGGGGCAACCGGGGGUGCCCGGGGCACCCCGGGGAGUGCAGCAGGCAGGAGGGCAGCCGAGGGUGCCCGGGGCACCCCAGGGAGUGCAGCAGGCAGGGGGUCAGUCGGGGAUGCCCGGAGCACCCCAGGGAGUGCAGCAGGCAGGAGGGCAGCCGGGGGUGCCCGGGGCACCCCAGAGAGUGCAGCAGGCAGGGGGGCAGCCGGACGUGCCCGGGGCACCCCAGGGAGUGCAGCAGGCAGGGGGGCAACCGGGGGUGCCCGGGGCACCCCGGGGGGUGCAGCAGGCAGGAGGGCAGCCGAGGGUGCCCGGGGCACCCCGGGGGGUGCAGCAGGCAGGAGGGCAGCCGAGGGUGCCCGGGGCAACCCAGGGAGUGCAGCAGGCAGGGGGUCAGUCGGGGAUGCCCGGAGCACCCCAGGGAGUGCAGCAGGCAGGAGGGCAGCCGGGGGUGCCCGGGGCACCCCAGAGAGUGCAGCAGGCAGGGGGGCAGCCGGACGUGCCCGGGGCACCCCAGGGAGUGCAGCAGGCAGGGGGGCAACCGGGGGUGCCCGGGGCACCCCGGGGGGUGCAGCAGGCAGGAGGGCAGCCGAGGGUGCCCGGGGCACCCCGGGGGGUGCAGCAGGCAGGAGGGCAGCCGAGGGUGCCCGGGGCACCCCAGGGAGUGCAGCAGGCAGGGGGUCAGUCGGGGAUGCCCGGAGCACCCCAGGGAGUGCAGCAGGCAGGAGGGCAGCCGGGGGUGCCCGGGGCACCCCAGAGAGUGCAGCAGGCAGGAGGGCAGCUGAGGGUGCCCGGGGCACCCCAGGGAGUGCAGCAGGCAGGGGGGCAACCGGGGGUGCCCGGGGCACCCCAGGGAGUGCAGCAGGCAGGGGGUCAGCCGGGGGUGCCCGGAGCACCCCAGGGAGUGCAGCAGGCAGGAGGGCAGCAGGGGGUGCCCGGGGCACCCCAGGGAGUGCAGCAGGCAGGGGGGCAACCGGGGGUGCCCGGGGAACCCCAGGGAGUGCAGCAGGCAGGGGGUCAGCCGGGGGUGCACGGGGCGCCCCAGGGAGUGCAGCAGGCAGGUGGGGAGCCGGGGGUGCCCAGGGCACCCCAGGGAGUGCAGCAGGCAGGAGGGCAGCAGGGGGUGCCCGGAGCACCCCAGGGAGUGCAGCAGGCAGGAGGGCAGCCGAGGGUGCCCGGGGCGCCCCGGGGAGUGCAGCAGGCAGGUGGGCAACCGGGGGUGCCCGGGGCACCCCAGGGAGUGCAGCAGGCAGGAGGGCAGCCGGGGGUGCCCGGGGCACCCCAGGGAGUGCAGCAGGCAGGGGGGCAACCGGGGGUGCCCGGGGCACCCCAGGGAGUGCAGCAGGCAGGGGGUCAGCCGGGGGUGCCCGGAGCACCCCAGGGAGUGCAGCAGGCAGGAGGGCAGCCGGGGGUGCCCGGGGCAUCCCAGGGAGUGCAGCAGGCAGGAGGGCAGCUGAGGGUGCCCGGGGCACCCCAGGGAGUGCUGCAGGCAGGAGGGCAGCCGAGGGUGCCCCGGGCACCCCAGGGAGUGCAGCAGGCAGGAGGGCAGCCGAGGGUGCCCGAGGCACCCCAGGGAGUGCAGCAGGUAGGAGGGCAGCCGAGGAUGCCUGGAGCACCCCAGGGAGAGCAGCAGGCUGGGGGGCAGCCGGGGGCGACCGGAGAACCCCAGGGAGAGCAGCAGCUAGGGGGGCAGCCGGGGGUGACCCGAGCACCCCACGGCGAGCAGCAGGUAGGGGAGCAGCCGGGGGUGACCGGAGCACCCCAGGGAGUGCAGCAGGCAGGAGGGCAGCCGAUGGUGCCUGGGGAACCCCAGGGAGUGCAGCAGGCAGGAGGGCAGGGAGUGCAGCAGGCAGGAGGGCAGCCGAGGGUGCUCGGAGCACCCCAGGGGGAGCAGCAGGAGUCAGAGGCGGACGAAGCACCUCCCAUGCCGCCUUCCCCAUGCCCCCGCUUUCCGUGCGACACGUGUUUCCACACUUUCGCUACGCGGGGGGCCGCUGCGAACCACAUGAGGGUAUGCCGAGCGGCGGAGGCGGAGAGGCGUGCACAGGCUCUCGGCUCGAUUCCGUCUCUGGUGGAGACCGACACGCAGGAGCGAUCGACGCCGCGGGAAUUUGGGGAGGAGGCGUGGGCUGGGGUUACGUCAUGGGAAUGGGAAACAUUUUUCAGCGUGGAGGCGGUUGGAGGGAGGACAGUGCUUCGGAUCCCACAGCGGGCCAGGUCGGGGGUUUUAGACGCGCUCUGUUGCAUCCUUAAGCGCUUGAAGAGCCAGCCGGGAGAUGAAGCCGCUACCCUCCUACUCUUGGCGUUUCCGCGCCUCAUCCUAGCCAUGCCUCCCAAGCCAGGCAUAGGUCAGAAGGCGCUGAUCACAGAGCGGUUGGGUGCGUUCUGGGAGGGGAGGUGGCGGGAGCUGUUCGAUUCUGCCAUGGUGGCGGCGCGGCCAGCAGUUCGCCCACUUUCCUACACUUGCUCUGACCAGGACCCGGAUGCCAUCCGCCUGUCACGGUGCCGAUCUCGGUGCAAAGUGGGGGAGUGGAGGCGUGGAUUGGCCUGCCUUACAGCAGGGGAGUUGGCUCGACCGUCUGAGGUCAUGGUGCAGUCGCUGCGAGAGAAGCACCCGGCUAGCGCUGGCGAGGUUCCGUUCUUGCUCGCUACUUUCUUCUCUAGCUAUUUCUCCUCCCACCCCACCGUCGCUAGUACCUCCCACCCAGCCGUCGCUCUCCCUCCCAUUCCCGUAUCCUCUCCCUCACUUUCCGCCGUCACCUCUCCCUCCCACUCCGCCAUCGCCUCUCUCUCCCACCUCACAAUCACUCCGUUCCACCCCGCCAUCUCCUCUCCCUUACCUCCCCGCCGUCGCCUCUCCCUCCUCCCCGCCGCCGCCUCUCCCUCCUCCCCGCCGUCGCCUCUCCUCCUCCCCGCCGUCGCCUCUCCGUCCUCCCCGCCGUCGCCUCUCCCUCCUCCCCGCCGUCGCCUCUCCCUCCCCGCCGUCGCCUCUCCUCCUCCCCGCCGUCGCCUUUCCCUCCUCCCCGCCGUCGCCUCUCCCUCCUCCCCGCCGUCGCCUCUCCCUCCUCCCCGCCGUCGCCUCUCCCUCCCUCCCGCCGUCGCCUCUCCCUCCUCCUCCCUGUCGUCGCCUCUCCCUCCUCCCUUCCGUCGCCUCUGGCGACAGGUGCACGAGCGCAAGCGCGAGUUGGUGCGCGAGGGCGGGUCGAUGCGCGAGCUCGGAAGGGUGCGCGAGCGCUGUUUGGUGCGCGAGCGCGGGUUGGUGCGCCAGCGAGGGUUGUUUUCUGAGGCAUUCUGA